AUGAGUCCCAACCAAGCUGUAUUCCAAGCUGGGAGUGAACGCGUUGACCAGAUAUUCACAGUGGGUCGCACUCAGGAUCUCCACCAUGGCUACCAGCAACCGACAGUCGUCUGCUUUAUUGACUUCGCCGCUGCGUUCGACUCCAUCCCUUGUGAAUCCCCGUGGCGAAUAAUGGAACUAGAUGGAUUACCGACCAAAAUUAUUGCCAUGAUCAAGACCUCUAUGACUCAAACGCUGCGCGAGUUCUCGUCCAUAUCAAUCUUUCCUAACUGUUCGAUAAUCGGCCUGGUGUUCGACAAGAUUGUAUUCUAUCGGCAAUUCUGUUAA